AUGAAAACUAUUGGUUUCGACGGUUCUUUUGUGGUUGAAGCGGAAGGUUUUUCUGGAGGCAUCUGGUUGUUGUGGUCAAAGCAGUAUGGAAAAGUUGAGGUCAUGUCUUCUCAUCGCCAAUUCAUCCAUGCCCGCAUCACCACUUCAGCUAAUUUGCCAAGCCUUCUAGUUACCUUCGUGUAUGGAAGUCCUAAUAUUUCUGUUAGGGACUUCCUUUGGAGAGAACUUCGACGUCUUGCAUCUACCAUUUCCGAGCCCUGGAUGGUCAUAUGGGAUUUUAAUGCAUAUCUUCAUGCUUCAGACAAGGUGGGUGGCGGGCCUCCUAACGCCGUGGCAAUGAGGAAAUUUAGUGAUUGUAUUACUGAUUGUGCUAUCUCCGACCUUGGCUUCAAAGGCCCCCCUUCACUUGGGAGGGUCGGGGUGUCAAGGAAAGGAUUGAUUGGGGAUUCUUCCCAAAGACCAUUUCGUUUCUUGGCAACCUUGUUAACCCAUAAUGAUUUCCCGCGUCUAGUUAAGGAUUCUUGGCAAGGAGAGGGUACCUGGGUUACGGCUUCAGAGACAUUUCGAGAUGAAGCAACUUCUUGGAAUCACCACGUUUUUGGUGAAAUUGGCAGGCGAAAGCGUCGACUCAUGCGUAGGCCGGAGGGGAUCAAUAACAAGCUUCGCAUGGCCCAGGUCCCAUACCUUGAGAAAUUACAAAGACGUUUGUGGAAUGAAUACCAGUCAGUGUUGAUUCAGGAAGAGUUAUUAUGGCGGCAAAAGUCACGAGUUAAUUGGCUCAACCAUGGGGAUAAGAACACUCGCUUCUUUCACACAGCUACCAUGGUCCGUCGUAAGCGAAAUAAAAUUGAAGCUUUGGAUAACGGGGAUGGUACGAGCAUCACGGAUCCGGAAGAGCUUCGCUUUAUGGUACGUGAGUUUUUUAAAGAGCUAUAUACUAGUUCAGGCCCUGGUCCUCUCUAUCACGGUAGAAACGCUUUCCCACAGCUGCCAAGGGAGAAAAUUCUUGACAUCAUGAUGAUAUUAAAGCUGCGAUCUUUAGUAUGGGAGCCAUGA